AUGUGGACACACUUCUUAGAGGAGGGUCAAGCGCGUGUCAAACAGACCCUGAAGAGGGGCUAUGCACCGGCGCACUUUGCACACAACCUGGAGCUGAUCCUGGUCGAGGACAGCCGGUCGUCGUCGUCGCUGUCGAUGCGUAGCAAGCUCGCGAGCACACGCGAGAGGAUAGCAAGGCUUCGCACACUCGACCCGCUGACUCUGGUAUGGUGGGCCACAGCGUUUCCCAUGCGCCAGUGGUCAGGGGGCCGGAAGAUGAGCAGCUGUACCUUUUCCGCGCUAGUCUGGCGAGCCCCGGACUUGGCCACCGGGAUAAAGCCGCUGCUGGGCACCGUUAUGGACGACCUCAAACUGCUAGCCGAAGUCCAUAAAACGUCGCGCGCGGUCCAAGAUCUGCUUUUGGCCGUCUCUGGGGACCCCGCUCCAGGUUCGCGUUCCAUCACACCUAAUACCGACGUCAAGUUGCUCAAGGAUCAGUAUGUUGCCUUAACAGGAGCACAACCACAAUUCCCCGAGUUACUGCCGCAUUUGCUCCGUCAGGGAAUAGAAGCUUCACAGAAAUACCGGCGAGAGAAGGAUAAAGGGGCGCGGCUCUCAACUGCAAUCCAGGUGUUUGUUCCCACGGUUCCGAUGGGGGAGGACGCAUAUGUGAUGCUACAUAUAGGCUCCAACGAAGUUUGGGGGCUUUUACACGAGCUUGGAAUUAUAGAUCAAAGCGUCAAGGAGCCGAGAGAGGGGAUCACUGAUGGCGAGCUAUUGAACAGAAUAUAG